AUGCUAUCUCUCCCGUAUCACAUUUUUUUCGAUAAUUUCUUUACUACUGUGCCACUUUUGGAGGAACUUUUGCGGCAUAACAUUAGAGGUACGGGGACAGUGCGGGAGAACAGAAUGUCGAAAUGCACAGUCCAGUCAAAAACUGACAUGAAAAAAACUACGAGAGGUACAUAUGACUACGGGUCAACCGAGAAUAAAGUACUAAUCGUCAAGUGGAAUGACAAUAAUAUCUCUCUCUGGCUAAAUGGUUUCAAGAAAUCACAGCGGAGUGCAAACGCUUCAUCACCUAUAAAAACAAAUGGCAAUGCUUCUUUACUGUUCAUUGUUCUUGUUGGAGGUGGUAUGGAGAGUUUCCGAUGUUCUAACACCGGUUUUAUGAUGCCAGACUCAAAGGGAAUCUUUGACAAGAGGGAUUUUAAGGCUCCUGGAGGAAGGAAUUGGAAAUAAGAUCUCAAGUAUUUAUACAGCCGGGGACUACGUUUGUAAAUUGACACAGCAAAAGCCUUAUCAUUAAUUGUCCACCGGCGCCCAUUAGGUUUGCAAGUUACAUUACGUAAUUGUGAAUUAAUGAACUCCACUAUGAUAAACUAGUAAGUUGACUUUCAAUAAAC